GCGGGUUGUUUGAAUGAGAGCGAGUCGCCGCUGGACUGAAAUUUUUGGUUUUGUGCAGCUGGUGAUCGUGGACAUGGAAGAGGACAAGGCGGCAUUGGAUUCUCCCGGUGAUUCUGAAGCAAGAAAUUGGGAUACAAUUUCUUCAAACUUAAAUGACUUAUGCUUUCAUCUCAACUCCAAGAUCUCAAAUAUCAAAAAGUCACUUCAGUUGAGAAAAAUAGACCAGGAUCCAUCUUUGAAGACAGUGCUCAGUAAGGUAGUCCACGAAAUGUUUCUCUUAAAUAGCCUCCUCAAUAAAUUGGAAGAGGAAUGUCACCAUCAGAAGAGACUGCAGAAACAACUCAAGGAUCUGCAAGACUCGAUGGAGAGGGACUACCUCGAAGCCCAGCGUCUUGAAGAAAACGUGCCAAUCUACCUUCCCCGAGCCACACAAGGCAGUUCGACAGGCGUACCUCUAAAGGGGAAGGAACCGUGCAAAGCCGAGGAGAAUAAACCUGCAAAGAAGUCAGCCAAAAUCUCCCAGUGCAUCAGAGAAGCACCCUUCAUAACGGACACGGAGUUUGAGAGCGUUCCCUCGUACAUGAAAGGGCGUCUGACAUGCAGCCACGUGAACGCGGUCAUUGCAGAGAUCAACAAAGCUGUUGCUAGCAAAUACAGCAUCAUGCGCCAACCUCUCAAAACCAUGGCGAACCCAACCAGGAACCUCUACUUCCGAUUCCAGGAAGAAGAGACCAAAGACACAAAAGGUGAAUAUUUUAUUGUGGAGGCUGAUAUCGAAGAGUUCACCCAGCUGAAGGCUGACAAACGUUUUCACAGUAUCCUGACAAUCUUGCGACAUUGCCACCGAGUGCGAGAAAUCCGAGGAUCCCGACUAGUCCGCUAUGCCAUCUGCUAAAAAUUAUUGGUCACCCCUGUUUUUCCCCUGACAAUGCUGAUUCUUGUUUUGCUUCCUUCCUGCCACUAUUAUUAGAAAAGAUGGGUCGGCAUUAGUAAAAUGUUUGUUGUGGGACAAAGAUUUUUUUAGCUUUUUGCCGUGGUGAAGGCAGAGGAACCAAUAUCACAGCUUUUCCUGCCAUCUCCUCGUUCCACUUUAAUUUUCUACUUGGUGGGUUUAAGACAUUUUAAUUCGGCAACAUGAGAAGCGUCAUAGAUGAAGCGUUUGAAAUGUGAUUCCCUCAAAGUCUUUGGAACUAGAACUAUGGAAGUUGUUUGUUGCUAAUAAAUCAGAGAAGGA